AUGAACGACGCUGAUGUUUCCAACCAGAUCCAGCAGAUGGUGCGGUUUAUCCGCCAGGAAGCCGAAGAAAAGGCCAACGAGAUCUCCGUCGCCGCCGAAGAAGAAUUCAACAUUGAGAAGUUGCAGCUCGUUGAGGCAGAGAAGAAGAAGAUAAGGCUCGAGUAUGAGAAGAAGGAGAAGCAGGUCGAUGUCAGGAAGAAGAUUGACUACUCGAUGCAACUGAACGCAUCGAGGAUCAAAGUUCUGCAAGCCCAAGACGACAUUGUCAACGCAAUGAAAGAAGAGGCAGCAAAGCAACUCCUGAAAGUUAGCCAGCAUGGCUUCUUCCAUCACCAUCACCAUCAGUACAAACAUCUCUUGAAACACCUCAUUGUUCAGUGUCUGCUUAGACUGAAAGAGCCUUCAGUGCUGCUGCGUUGCCGUGAAGAAGACCUUGACAUGGUGGAGUCUAUGCUGGAUGAUGCAACUGAGGAGUAUUGCGACAAGGCCAAGGUUCAUGCUCCUGAGAUCGUUGUAGACAAGGACGUCUUCCUUCCUCCUGCUCCUUCUGAUGAUGACCCUCAUGCUCUCUUCUGUGCCGGAGGAGUGGUGCUGGCUUCUCGUGAUGGGAAAAUCGUGUGUGAGAACACGCUUGAUGCGAGGUUGGAGGUCGCUUUCCGCAAGAAUCUUCCCCAGAUCCGAAAGUCGCUCUUUGGCAAGGUUGGUGCAGCUUGA